GGGUGGGUGCUGGGGGGCUGCGGGUGGUUGUUCUGGAAGCUGUGACACAGGUGUGAGGUGAGGAGAGAGGGAGAUGAGAGUCUGGAGCAGGGAGAGCUGAGGUUCUGAGUCUGAGACCGUUAAGGUGGCCGUGUGGGCCAACAAGGUACCCCACUCCCCAGGUGGCGCGUUGGUUUUGGACAUGCAGACUUUGAGCAGGAAUGGGAGCCUUGAGGGGAUACUCACCGUCCUGGGCUCCUGCCAGCCAGAGACAGCACCAGGAGCCAGAGGGCGGCAGUGACCUUCCCAAGGUCACCUUUGUGCCUGGGGGGCUGACGCAGCACGUGUCCCCACAGAUGCGUGGCUCGUGUCUGAGCUCUUCUCACAGACCCCGCAGCAGCUCUCCUCCUACAGCUGGUAUGGCAGCGCCAAGCUCUUCCGCUUCCGCGUGCCCCCGGACACCAUCCUGCUGCGCUGGCUGCUACAGGUGUCCCGGCGCGGCGGCCCCGUGUGCGCAGACGUGGAAAUCACCGUGCACUUCCGAUACGGCGCCCCCCCGGUCGUCAACCCCCUGAACACCAGCUUCCCUGAGAAUACUUCCGUGCCGUUCUCCUUCCACACGGAGAUGCUGCUGAGCACAAUGCUGCAGAGUAACGCCUCCGUCAACGUCUCCCACCCGGCACCUGGGGACUGGUUUGUGGCUGCCCACCUGCCCCCUUCGUCCCAGAAGAUCCAGGUUAAGGGCUUCAUCCCGUCCUGUGCCUACAUCUUCCAGCCGGACAUGCUGGUCCUGCGGGUGGCUGAGGUCUCUGUGCUGGAGCCUGACAUGCCUCUCCCGCAGACCCUCUCUCUCUCACGCCCCAGCUACCUCAAGGUCUUCGUCCCUGAGUUCACACGGGAGCUGCUGCUUGAGCUGCAAGACUGUGCUUCCAACGGGAGCCAGGCCUGCCUUGUGCGCCUGGCCGUGGGCUCGGUCACCCUGCCUUACGACUUCCGGAGGGUGCUCAGCUGCGCUGGCCGCCCUUUGCCCUGCCGUCUGCUGCUACACUCCCCACCCUGGGACCAGUGGCUGCAGGUGACAGCGGAGAGCCUGGCAGGGCCCCACAUCACGGUGACCUUGAAUGCUGUGGCCACCCUCACAGCCUGCAGGCCGUGGACUGUGAGCACCCAGCACCUCCUGCAGGGCAGCCCCAACCAGAGCCGUAACGCCUCCGAUGGCCCCCAGGACCCUGUCUGCAGCAGUGGGGCAGGCAGCCCCUCCUGCCUCGUGAGCUACCCUGUGCUGCGGGAGGACAUGGACGUGGUAUCCGUGCGCUUCCGGCCUCUGGACAGGGUCUCAGUGCUCGUGCAGCCCCACAUGCCCUCUGUGCUGCGGCUGUACCUCAACACGGGCAUGGACAGUGGGGGCUCCCUCACGGUCUCUCUGAGGGCCAACAAGACCACGGUGAAGAACAGCACCCUGGUGGUGGCCUGCGUGAAUGCGGCCUCCGCCUUCCUUGGCUUUAACGCUUCACACAACUGCACCACAGCCUUCUUCCAGGGCCACUUGCUGACCCUGAGCACCACAUCCUGGCAGGCCAACCUCAUAGUGCCCUUCCCGGAGACAGAAAAUUGGUACCUCUCCCUGCAGCUCGUGUGCCCUGAGAACCCCGAGGAGUGUGAGCAGACCGUGGUGCAUGUGGAGACCACCCUGUACCUGGUUCCCUGCGUGAACGACUGUGGACCCUAUGGCCAGUGCCUUGUGCUCCGCAGACACGGCUACCUAUAUGCAGGCUGCAGCUGCAAAGCCGGCUGGCGUGGCUGGAGCUGCACAGACAAUAGCACAGCCCAGACAGUGGCCCAGCAGACGGUGGCCGCACUGCUGCUCACCCUCAGCAACCUGGUGUUCCUGGCCCCCAUCGCUGUCUCUGUCCAGCGCGCCUUCCUGGUGGAGGCCUUUGUCUAUGCCUACACCAUGUUCUUCUCCACGUUCUACCAUGCCUGUGACCAGCCGGGGGAAGCUGUGCUGUGCAUCCUCAACUAUGACACGCUGCAGUACUGUGACUUCCUGGGCUCUGAGGUGUCCAUCUGGGUCACCAUCCUGUGCAUGGCGCGACUGAAGGCUGUCCUGAAAUAUGUCCUGUUUAUCCUGGGCACGCUGCUCAUUGCCAUGUCCCUGCAGCUGGACCGUAGGGGUGCCUGGAACAUGAUGGGGCCCUGCCUCUUUGCCCUCGUGAUCAUGGUCUCCAUGUGGGUGUACCGCUGUGGGCGCCGGCGCCACUGCUACCCCACCUCAUGGCGGCGCUGGGCCUUCUACCUGCUGCCUGGCAUCUCCAUGGCCACCGUGGCUAUGGCCAUCUAUGCCUUCAUGAUGACCAGUGACAACUACUACUACACCCACAGCCUCUGGCACAUGCUGGUGGCCGGGAGCGCAGCCUUCCUGCUGCCGCCCUGUGAGGGACACACAGAGCCCUGGGCCUGUGUGCAGAGGCUGCCCUGCCAUUACCAGAUCUGCAGGAAUGACCGCGAGGAGCUGUACGCCGUGACGUGACGGCAGGCGGGUGGGUGGGCAGGACAGGGAGAGGGACCCUGUCCAGAUUGAUUUCCAAACUAAUAAAAGUGCCCUGAGCACCCGGAGUAGGGACCACCACCCUCCCAGUGCGGUGAGGCUCCCUGGGUGCUGCCAGCUCAGGCCCUCUGCCAUCUGACAGGUCAGUGGUAGCCCUGGCUGCAGCUGGCAGGGACCAAGUAUAGGCUGCCGGGGCCUGGUGGGAGGGUAGCUUGAUUGGAGACAUGGAGAAAGUCUUCCCAUUGCCCUGUCCCUGUAAGGGUGUGCUCUGAUCCUGGGGCAGGGGGGCCGGAGCCCACCUCCCGUGGGUGGAGUGGGCCACCCCUGAGUGCCAGCAGCCCUGGCAGGGGCUCCCCUCUCUGCCACCAUCACUGUGGAGAGAGGUGCCGUGGUCACCGAAGCUGAUGGGUGCUGGGGACACAGGGCCAGUCCGCCAUGGGGUGACUCUACCAUGUGGGCCCAGAGGGGAGCCCCCAAAGAGUGAGGUGUGCUGCCCUGGGGAUCCUUCUCUAGGUUGUAGGGCUUGGGAGCCCAGGCUGUGGCUGUCCCCUGCACUGGGUCAUGCUUGGAGAGGGGACUCCCCGGACCCCAGCCCGCCUUUGCUGCUCUGCGCUGGGAAGCAGGGGGAAGGGAGCUGAUGGCUAGUGACUGCCCGGCCCUUCCUCAUGGCGGCCAGAGUGUAGGGGACAGCCCUUGGUGGGCUGUGUCAGGUGGGGGACAUGGCCUGCCCCUGGGGGGGCUCCCUUGGCCACCGAAGCAUCCUCCAGGCUUCUAAAGGGGAACGGUGUAUAUUGGGGAUAUAAUUUUUUCUGAAUUAAGACAUUUUUAUGUAGUUUUUAUUUUGCUAUGAUUGGUGAAUUUAAUAUAUUCUACAAUGAUUUUUCAAGU